GAGAGAGAGAGAGAGAGAGCAGACUGGACAGUGUUGUACAGAAGCGCUAUUAUAGCUGAGGCUACCAUAGCUGUGUUCAUUUCAGAUUUCACUCUAUGCUUUAUGAAAUGAUCAUCAAACGUGAACUGUUUUCCGAUUCUGCUGAAGAGGAGUGGUCAGGGUCGCAGAUCAUUAUGCACUUUUAGGUCGACGUCGCCUUGAACGCAGCGCAGCAACAUCGUAUGAGCCCUCAAGUGCGUUUUUAAUCUCCGAAGUUGUGUCAAGCGGGCGAUGAUUCGCAUCUGAUUGUUGCUCAACUAUCCGGAGAGGACUGCAGACGGGUUGAAACACUGCAUUGUGCCAAAAAAAAAAGACGCUGAUUCCUGCCUGCGAGGAUUGCACACUCCAUUCUCCCCCCAAAAUGUCAUCUCAGGCGAAAGUCAAGAAGGACAAAGAGAUUAUUGCCGAAUAUGAGACCCAAGUGAAAGAGAUCCGAAACCAGCUGGUGGAGCAGUUCCGUUGUUUGGAGCAGCAGUCUGAGUCCCGGCUGCAGCUGCUGCAGGACCUGCAGGAGUUCUUCCGUCGAAAGGCUGAGCUCCAGCUUGAGUACUCCAGGAGUCUGGACAAACUGGCAGAGCGCUACUCCGCCAAGAUCCGCACCUCCAGAGAGCACCAGCAUUUCAAAAAGGACCAAAAUCUCCUGUCCACUGUGAACUGCUGGUAUUUGGUCUUGGACCAGACCAGGCGGGAGAGCAGAGACCACGCCACUCUCAGCGACAUCUACAACAACAACGUCAUUGUCCGUCUGGCGCACGUGGGCGAGGAUGUCAUCAGACUUUUCAAAAAGAGCAAAGACAUCGGGGUGCAGAUGCAUGAGGAGUUAGUGAAAGUCACCAAUGAGCUCUACACAGUGAUGAAGACGUACCACAUGUACCAUACUGAGAGCCUCAGCGCCGAGAGCAAGUUGAAGGAGGCAGAGAAACAGGAGGAGAAGCACAUUGGCAAGGCCAAUGACAUUAGCACCAGUCUGCUGCGUUAUGGCCAUGAUGAACGUCCACAGAGACGGAGCUCUGUCAAAAAGAUGGAGAAAAUGAAGGAGAAGAGACAAGCCAAGUACUCUGAAAACAAGCUCAAAUGCACAAAGGCCCGGAAUGACUAUCUUCUCAAUCUGACAGCCACCAACGCCUUGGUGGCCAAAUACUACAUCCAUGAUGUCUCAGAUAUGAUAGAUUGUUGUGACUUAGGGUACCAUGCAAGCCUGGCACGCACCAUGAGAACCUACCUGUCUGCAGAGUAUAGUCUGGAGACUUCUCGCCAUGAGGGUUUGGACUUGCUGGAGGGAGCAGUAGAUGCCAUGGACAUCAGAGGAGACAAGCUUAAGUUUAUGGACACGCACAGCCAGAUCUUUUGCCCUCCAGCACGCUUUGACUAUCAGCCACAUAUGGGGGAUGAGGUGUGUCAGGUGAGUGCACAGCAGCCUGUCCAGACAGAGCUCUUGAUGCGCUACCACCAGCUACAGUCUCGCCUGGCCACGCUCAAGAUAGAAAACGAAGAGGUGAGGAAGACCCUAGACGCCACCAUGCAGACCCUUCAGGACAUGCUUACAGUGGAGGACUUUGAUGUUUCAGAGGCCUUCCAGCACAGCCAAUCCACAGAGUCGGUCAAAUCAGCCUCCUCUGACUCCUAUAUGAGCAAGGCAAACAUCGCUAAGAGACGAGCCAAUCAGCAGGAGACUGAGGGCUUCUACUUCACUAAAUACAAGGAGUAUUUGAAUGGCAGCAAUCUUAUUAUCAAACUUCAGGCCAAGCAUGACCUUCUGAAGCAGACGCUAGGAGAAGGGGAGAGGGCUGAAUAUGGAACAACAAGGCCCCCCACUCUUCCCCCUAAACCCCAGAGAAUGCGGAAGUCUAGACCUCGCUCCAUUUUUAACCGUAAGCUGUUUAACGGCAAUAUGGAGGCCUUCAUCCAGGACUCAGGGCAGCCUAUACCAGUGGUGGUUGAGAGCUGCAUUCGAUACAUCAAUCUGUAUGGUCUUCAGCAGCAAGGUAUAUUUCGAGUUCCAGGAUCCCAGGUCGAAGUCAACGAUAUUAAAAAUGCAUUUGAAAGAGGAGAGGAUCCACUAGUGGAUGAUCAGAGUGAUCAUGACAUCAACUCUGUGGCGGGCGUUCUUAAGCUCUACUUCAGGGGGCUGGAAAACCCUCUGUUCCCUAAAGAGCGUUUCCUUGACCUCAUAUCCACUACCAAGCUCGACUCAGGCGCAGAAAGAGCUCAUCACCUCCAGCAGAUAAUUGUGACUCUUCAGCGGCCUGUGAUCAUUGUCAUGAGAUACCUGUUUGCCUUUCUAAAUCAUCUUUCCCAGUACAGUGAUGAGAACAUGAUGGACCCGUACAACCUGGCUAUCUGCUUUGGCCCUACAUUGAUGCCCAUACCAGAUGAGCAGGAUCCUGUGGCCUGCCAAGCGCAUGUUAAUGAGGUCAUUAAGACUAUUAUCAUCCACCAUGAGGUCAUCUUCCCAACCCAGCGUGAGUUGGAGGGACCUGUGUAUGAAAAGUGCAUGGCUGGAGGAGAAGAGUACUGUGAAAGUCCCCACAGUGAGCCGGGUGUGCUUGACGAGAUAGACAAUGGUACUGGACCCAACACUAGUGAUGAAGAAUUGGAGCAGAUAGAGGCCAUAGCGAAGUUUGACUAUGUGGGUCGAAGUCCGAGAGAGCUUUCCUUCAAGAAAGGAGCCUCUUUGUUACUCUACCUGCGAGCCUCUGAGGACUGGUGGGAGGGCCGACAUAAUGGCGUGGACGGGCUGAUCCCACAUCAGUACAUUGUGGUACAGGACAUGGAUGAUGCAUUCUCAGAUAACAUGCAGAGGACUGAUAGCGAGGCCAGCAGUGGACCACACCAUGAUGACCGAGCCUCAUCCAGGAAUGACCGCCAAUCUCCUUGCGAACACACACCUGAGCACCGCUUUGGACCAGCACUGGGGAGGGUGAGAGUGCGAUCAGAUGGAGCUGCAGUUCCACGCCACAGGAACGGUGACGGUCACAGCCCCACCAGAGCUUCAGACCAGCCCCCUAGGGUGAUGCCUCGGCCCUGCAGCCCACACAAAAUAGCUGUUAACAGGGGCCCUGCAGACAGUCCAGAGAAACGGCAUCUCACCACAUUUGGCAGUGCAGGCUGCAUCAGCCACCCUGACAGAAAAGCCUUCGCCGACAGCCACUCUCAGCGAUCAUCACCCAGCACCACCCGCCAUGCAAGUUUAGGAGACCACAAAGCCCUGGAGGCUGAGGCUCUCGCUGAAGACAUAGAAAAAACAAUGAAUACAGCCCUCCAUGAGCUGCGUGAGCUGGAGCGACAGAAUGUAGCCAAACAUGCCCCUGAUGUUGUUCUGGACACACUGGAGCCUCUCAAACACCCUGGCGGAGCCCAGGAGCUGCCCAGAAGCCCUCUACACACUAUGGUAAUCAGGGAUCCAGAUGCAGCUCAGCGACGUAGCAGCAGCAGCUCCUCCUCUGAGACCAUGACCACUUUUAAACCUGCUCUGUCAGCGCGUAGGCCGAAUGCACCUCUAAGGCCCCCACCUGUCAGACCUGUCCGGCCUGCUCCAGUGAUUGGACAGGGCCAGGGACCACACCGCUCCAGCAGCUCUAGUUCCUCUGGUCUAGGUAGCCCAGGCAUCACUCCCACUGACAGGGUUUUCCCGAAAGCACCCUCCCCAUCACCAUCCACCUCCUCCUCAUCCUCAGACAAACAAGGUAACAUGUAGCUCCAGUCAGUCACAGAUCAAGUGGUUGAAGAAAACUGUGGAUACCGAGUGAUUGUGAUUACUGUCACGCCCCUACACCUCUUUUUGCCAGCAGAGCAGACCUUGACACUUGGUCUGUACAAUGAAUAUUUAUCACUUAUCUUGUAAACUGUUGGGCAGCUACUGCUGGUUUUUAGACAACUCUCUGCCCACACAUUGACUUGCUAGUGGACAAGUCGAUGUUCUGUAACAAUGUAUUACACAGACAUCGGAUUUAAAUCCAUAAGAAUCAUUUUAUAGAAUGCGACCAUGCUGGAUAGCCAUGCUGGAUAGAAAAAGGGAUGCACUGGAAAAUACUUAACUGUUUACUGAAAUCUGACAAUGAAACUCUGAAUCUCUAUUAAAUGUUAUUAGGUUACACAUACAGUUGUGCUGUGAGCUUGGACUUUGUGUCUGGUUUCCUGUCCCAUUAUGAGGGAACACUUAAGGGAACAUUACACCACUGAGUAUGUAGACAUACAGUCUGUGCUUGUGGGUUUAUGUAGUCUAUUAAAACUAUAACUCCUUGGGCGCCAUUUAUAUUGAGUGCCAACAUAUACCAGCAAGUGAAAGGUUCUCAGCAACAGGCAGAUACUAUGGCUGAACAGGGAAACCAGAGAACUGCCUUAAAUUGCAGUUCCUCUAAUGACCACUAGAUGCUGGCACCAAGGAAACUACAACCCCAUUAAGCAGACACUCUUAUAUACUCUUAUGAAAUAAAUGCUCACUUUGGUGCCAAGUGGUAGUACAAAAAAAUGUAAGGCAAACAGCAAUGCUAGCCGCUACACCGCACAGGGAAUCAAGAAUGAAGGCUGAAAGCAACACAUAGACUGCAGUGGGAUUGUCUAAUUUUUCUACAAAUAAAAAUAUAUGCUGUAAUUAUAAAAACUUAUUUCUAAACAUAGUGGCUUUGAAAUGUAAGAAAUGGAAAUAUCUCUCAGCCUUUCUCUUAAAAUGCUCAUUUUUGUUCACAUGAGGUUAGAGAGAAGGAGUUUGGACAAAAGAAUCCCAAAAAACAGUCCUGGUGAAACUCACUGCAGCAUAGUGAUGAGGUUUUGGUUGACGUUGGUCAUCAGCUGGACCACAAAUAUCCCAGCAAAUGUGUUAUCUCGGCCAGCACACUAUCCAGCCUGGCCAGCUGUAGCAGCACCACUGGCCAAUAGCUUGCUGGCUGACCAGGCUGACCGGUAGCAGUGCAACAGCACAGUAACAACCUGUGCCCCUGCCUCUCUGUGUUGCACUUCCUCAACAGUGAACCAGGACUCACAUAUUGAUAAAUUCAGAGUGUUCACUGCAUGUCAGUGCUGGGAAGCUGUUUCAAAAGGUACUUUUUGAGUCUGAUAACGAGACAAGAAAAUUAAACUUAUCUCAGUGAUACAGUGAUACAAAGAACGUUGACAAUUAUUGUGGAUAUUACAGACAUGCCAGACAUGCCAUUCCUAUAACUAAUACAUGGAAAUAAAGAUGAAAAUCAGCAUAAAUGUCCUUAUAACAUAGUCAUCUCUCUGUAUAAAAAAGAUUAGCUGUGUUACCUCAGCAAAUAAAUAAAACUUCAAGUAACUAAUGCACUCAUAAACAGGGGAUUGUGCUGCAUUUGUAGACAGUUCUAUGUUUUCAUUUCAAAGAAGUUGUACUAGAAACAUGAUAUAGCACAUCGGUACCAUUGAAGCUUACAUAAUGUCUAGAUUGCACACGGUCAAUUCAGGCUGUGUGGGUGUUUAGAUGAACUUGUUUACUGUCGGUGGUGUUUGUCGUCUGUCGUAUGAGGAUGAUCAAUAUAUCUUUAAAGUGUAAUAGGUACAUUUGAUUGAACAUAUAUAUACAUACUGUUAAAGGAUACUUGUAUAAAUAACAAUGUAUGAUAGGAACAGGAAAUAUUAUCAUCUCUAGUCUGUAGAUUUUUGUAACUCUUAUCCUUGCACAAACAUUAAUAAAAGAAUAAAUGAAA